AGGCUUCCCUUCUCCACACACUCAGAGGUUGCUCAGUCGCUGGGAAGUGCUUCACUUUGACAGAAUGCAUCGAUCCUACCAGCCAAUCUUACCAUGUGGCAAUAAAUACUUACAGCAAAAAUGGGAUAAAACCUACUACGAUGAGCAUAAAAUAAAGGUUCAAUCUGCCAAGCCAAUGGUAGAUACAAACAGUCCGCACACGUAUGUUCAUCUUAACCAGAAACUGAAGAAGUUAAAGCUAGAGGAGGAACGUUUAGCAGUGAUUGAAAGAGACAACCAUUUACUACUUCAGAAGAUGUCAACCAUCAUGAAAACCAAGGGGAGGGUGGACAAUAAAAAUGAGUAUGAAACAAAAAGUUUAAAUAAAGAAAAACGGGACAGAGAAUUAUUAAGGGUAUCCAGAGAAAAUCAGACCAUUCUGGACAGGAUUACAAAGUGUGAACCUCAGUAUCAGGUGGAGAAGUGGCAGGAAGAUUGGGUGAAAGCAGAAAAAUACAUGGACAGCAUUGCAAGAUACCCUAGAGGGUGGUGGUGCCUUACACACCAAGAGAAGAGUGAAUUUAGAGAGAAAAAGAAAUCUACCAAACGAGCGGAUUCAAGUGAAAGUUUAGUUAGAGAGAUAAAAACGAAAAAAGAAAACGUGAAAGAGGAGAGGGCAUCAGUGGUGGACAAAGAUAAAAAGAAAAAAAUGGUUUCAAUAAAAGAGGUUGGUGUAAAAUCCAGGGAAACCAAGGUAAACCAGGGAAAAGCUACCAAGGAAGCCAAGGAAAUACAUAAACAAGAACCUAAAAAUUAUACCAAAGAAGAUGACCUUGGUGGUGAUAGAGAAGGAUAUGAAGAUUCAGCAGAUGAAGAACAGGAACAUGCAGCAGAUGAGAGGGCUGAUGAGUCUGACAGUGAUGCCAAAUCAGAGAGUAACAAAUCAGCACACAGUAGAGUGCAAAAAGAAGACGAAGAAAAAACAGAGGGUUCUGGGGAUGAGGAGAACUCUGAUACAGAAUAGAUUUAGAAUAAGAAUGGACUACCUGUGGCCCUCCAGGUGUUCUUAAAGGAACGGUAACUCCCAAAAAUGAAAGUGUUUCAGAAACACAACUAUAAUUUAUAUAAACAAGCUGCUGCGUAGCCAGGAUACACAAUGGAUAACAGAUACGUUCUGAAGAAUUCAAUUAUAAAUUACAGAGUUUAUCGAUUAUCUGCCGUUUAUCCUGUGCCUUUUCUCCUUUUUCAGCUUUAAAUGGCUGCCCCCAUGGCUAAACUUCAGCUUGAAUAUAUCAACUACAGUUGUAUUUCUGAAGCAAACAUUCUCGUUUUUCCAGUGCAACACAACAGUACAUUACAUUUGUAUUCCUUUUUAUACAGUUUCAUUUUUGGUGUUACUGUUCCUUAAAAAUACAACUUCUUAGGGUGGAAUGCCGGGAGCUGCAGUUCAAAAACAAUAGGACCACAAGUUUCUCACCCCUGGCAUAGAAAAGGGAGUAUGUAUUAUAUACACUAAAAUAUAAAAUAAUUUAAUUUGAUUGCUGAUUCCCAACAAUAGUGCCAAAUAAGCACUAAUACUUGAAGAUGUCACAUUAUCACUUUAACAUGUCACUCCUUAGCCAAUAUAUCUAAUGUACAUUGAAAAGAUUAAAAUAACUUUUACAUUUAGUAAUAAACAAAUUCCAUUACACAUAUGCAUAUCUAGUAAUGCAGUGGAAAUAUAAAAUAAAAAACAACACUUGGUAUCCUUGGGUGGCUGAGGGUAUAUAUAUAUAUAU